CAACCGAGGAGUUGUUGUAUAUCGCUACUGGGAGCAUUGACAGCAGUUUACCGGCGUGUUAUUAAAACCUACAGUAGUCUUUUUUUCAUCAUAACAGUGUUAGCUAAAUGACUUCGUGUCGUGUUCACGUGAAAUAAUAUUCUCCAUACAGCUAUUUUGAUCUUUGGGAACCUGUUACCAGCUAGCUAGCUAGCUUGCUAUCUAAGUACAGGCUGGCAGAGGGCAGUGGCUAGCAGCGUUGGCUAGCUGGCUAACCAGCUAGCAGUACCAAAGCCGGCUGUGAAUGAAGCGGAAAAUAGAGCUGUCCCCUGCUGCGUUGUGAGAUAAUGAUUAGAAAUGGUGCCUUGCCAGACCCACGUGAUGCUGAAGUGGCAGGAGCACCUGAACAGCUCCUGGUCGGCGGAGGACAGCGUGCAGACGGCCACCCGGCAGGGCGCCGCCGCCCUCUACGCCAAGCUGCUGCACAACAAGGAGGUGGUGGGCCUGGCGCAGCCUGUGCAGGACCUGAUCGGCCCGCGGCUCCCGGACUUCCAGUAUGAGUCCAGCGCGGCGGAGGAGCGCGAGGAGUACCUGGCGGCCCUGCUGCACAGCCAGCGCUGCCUGGCGCACCGCAUGCUGGCCCGCACGCCCUACGCGCUGGCGCUCCACCACAGGACGGUGGCGCUGCAGCGCAUCUACUACGCCCUCCACAGCAAGUACCACGACCGCUACCGGGCGGCGCCGCCGGCCCCGCAGGCGCCCGGCGCCGACGGCGGCGCCCUGGAGCCCGCCGCCGAGCCCUGGUCGCCGGGGGCGCGGGUGAAGUCGGGCACGGACGUGCUGAUCGAGAUGGGCGUGCGGACGGGCCUGAGCCUGCUCUUCGCCCUGCUGCAGCAGAACUGGCACCAGGCGCGGCGCGACCCGGGCCUGGCGCUCUGCAACGACGUGCUGGCCACCGCCUCCUCGGUGCUGUCCUCGCUGCCGCCGCUCUCGCUGGCCAACGAGAACAAGAUCCCGCCGGUGGGGCUGGACUGCCUGGCGCAGGUGGCCGACUUCCUGAAGAGGACGUCGGUGAGCGGCUCCGGGGCGGACCGGGCCGGGCGCAGGCUGGCGCUGGAGCUGCUGCUGGGCCUGGCCCUGCAGAGGGGCUCGCUGCGCUUCCUGCUGGAGUGGAUGGAGGUGGCGCUGGCCGCCUCGGCCGCCGCCUGCUCCGCCCCGGACCCGGCCGGCGCCGAGGGGGGCAUCGGGUACGACCUCAUCGUCCAGACCCUGCACAAAAUGAGGCAGUACUCGGGUUUCCGAGGGGAGUCGGUCAACGCCCAGCUGCUGAAGAAGGACGCGGACGGGCUCUGCAACCUAGCCCACGUGGCUCUCUGCCUUUUCGAGGAGAUCUGCAACCUGGCGUCGAACUGCCUGUGCUCGUGCAGCGCGGGCUCGGCCACGCCGGGCGCAGAGAGCGACGCCGUCAUGGUGUACGUGUGGGGCAGCAACAGCAGCCACCAGCUGGCGGAGGGCACCCUGGAGAAGAUCCUGCAGCCCAAGCUGGCCCAGGGCUUCAGCGACGCCCAAAUGAUCGAGGCGGGCCAGUACUGCACGUUCUCGGUGUCCGCAGACGGCUCGGUGAAGGCGUGCGGGAAGGGCAGCUACGGGCGGCUGGGCCUGGGCGACUCCAACAACCAGUCCGUCCCCAAGAAGCUGGUGCUGGAGCCCCCCCGGAGCAUGCGCAAGGUGUCCUCCUCCAAGGGCUCGGACGGCCACACGCUGGCCGUGACCGGCGAGGGGGAGGUCUUCAGCUGGGGCGACGGAGACUACGGAAAGCUGGGCCACGGCAACAGCGCCACGCAGAAGUACCCCAAAAUCAUCCAGGGACCACUGCUCGGCAAGGUGGUGGUGUGUGUGUCUGCUGGCUACAGACACAGCGCGGCCGUCACCAAUGACGGAGAACUCUACACCUGGGGAGAAGGGGACUUUGGCAGGCUUGGCCACAGCGACAGCCACAGCCGGAACGUGCCCACUCUGGUGAAGGACAUCAGCGGCGUGGGGCAGGCGGCGUGCGGGAGCUCCCACACCAUCGCGGUGGCCCAGGACGGGCGCAUCGUGUGGUCGUUCGGGGGAGGGGACAACGGUAAACUGGGCCAUGGGGAUACGAAUCGCGUGUACAGGCCGAAGGUGAUCGAAGCGCUGCACGGGUUCAUCAUCAGAAAAGUGUGCGCUGGGAGUCAGUCCUCCCUGGCUCUGACCUCUGCAGGACAGGUCUUCGCUUGGGGCUGCGGAUCGUGCCUGGGGUGUGGCUCGUCCGAAACGACGGCUCUCAGGCCCCGGUUCAUCGAGGAGCUGAGCGUGACCAAGAUCAUCGACAUCUCGUGCGGGGACAGCCACUGUCUUGCUCUCUCCCACGAAAAUGAAGUGUACGCCUGGGGCAACAAUGCCAUGGGCCAGUGUGGGCAGGGACACACCUCCACGCCCGUCACCAAACCGAAGAAAGUGAUUGGCUUGGAGGGCGUGUCCAUCCAGCAGAUCACAGCGGGCACCUCCCACAGCCUGGCCUGGACGGCCGUCCCUACAGACAGGCAGCUGGUGGCCUGGCACAGGCCCUUCUGCGUCGACCUGGAGGAAAGCACCUUCGCCUACCUGCGCAGCUUCCUGGAGCGCUACUGCGACGGGAUCAGCUGCGACACGCCCCCCGCCCCUUUCCCUUCUAAGAGGGAGCACCAUCAGUUUGUGCUGCUGUGUAUGAAGCUGCUGUCCAUUCACCUGUCUCUGGCCCAUGCGGGUGGCACGGGGGCCACUGUGCUGGGGGCCCAGGGGAGGCCCCUCCGAAACCUGCUCUUUAGGCUCAUCGACUCCAGCGCGCCCGAAUCCAUACAGCAGGCGGUGAUGAACACGCUCUCCAUCGGAGCCUCGCUGCUGCUGCCCCCCCUCAGGGAGAGAACAGAACUCCUCCACUCACUUCUACCUCAGGGUCCGGAGAGCUGGGAGAGCCUCUCCAAGGGCCAGCGUUUGCAGCUAGACAUGGUGCUGAACAGCCUCCAGGAGCAGUCUCACGUGGCCUCCCUGCUGGGGUACAGCUCCCCGGGGGAGCUCACCGCCGGGCUCCCCCCGCCUCCCUCUCCCGAUCGAACUUCGGGCAGCCCGGACACCCACGACCACUUCCACCUGGCCGAGGUCCUGCUGAAGACGCUCCUGCUCAGCAUCGGCUUCUAUACCGAACGGGCCUUCGGUGAGCUGGAGAAGAACAGUGACAAGCAGCAGUCCAAUCAGGCUCCGAAACAGACCAACCCUCCCUCUCAUUUCCACCAUCUCCUGUCAGCCAUGCACAAGCACCUUCUGGCCCACUGCUACAUCCACACCAAUACGGAGGAUGACAGCAGUGUGACUUUGCUCCAGAAACACUUGUGUCUGCUGCUGCCCUACGCCGCUGAGACCUUCAGGAGGUCCACCCUCCUGCUGGAGGAGAGCUCCCUGGAUAAGCACGUCAUCAAGAAACUGCACACGGUGCUCUACAGCUCGGUGGCGGGUAGCCUGCUGUGCCAGGUGAUGUACUCGCUCCUGCUGCUGCCUCUUCAGGUAGUGCGCCCCCUGCUGCCCCACCUCCUCUCUCUGCUGGAGCACCUCAACGAGCUCAACUGCUUCCUGCCCGACACCGGGCUGCUGGAGGAGAUGGAGCUGGAGGGCGUGUCCGCAGAACUGCCAGAGGGCACGAGCCCUGCCCCUGGGGCGGAGUCAGAGUCCUGGGUGUGGCUGCUGGACCUGGAAAGAUCUGUAGCCCUGGCAAUUGGCCGGUGCCUUGGAGGGAUGUUACAGGGCCCACCUCCGUCGGUUCAGGAGAAAACCUCUGAGUUCUGGCUACAGAACCCACUUCUGAGAAAUGGACUGGAGAUGGACUUUGAACAAUUGGACUCGGCCAUGGCCUGGCUGACGGAGGCUGUGCUGCUGGGCUCCGCGGACGCCCGGCUGGGCGAGCUCAACGUUAGCGAGGAGAACGGCACGCUGAUCGAGCUGGCGCUGGGCGUGGCCCGGGAGCCCGCCAGCGGCCUGUGGAGGAGGAUGAAGGAGUACGCCGUCAGCAGAGACUGGGACAGCAGUGGUCCGUCAGGGGACCCCCUGCUGGAGACAGCGUGCCGCUGCAGCCUGGCCGCUCUCCUCAAGCACACCGGCCUUCAGGACGAGGCAUACUGGCAGGACAAGUAUGAACCCUGUGAAAUGCUGAUUGAAAUCUAUCAGAUGGUGUAUAAGGUCCGGAGCACGCUGCUGUCGCAUAAGGACUCUCCCGGGAACUCUGCCAACGUUCAGACUCCAUCUGUCACCAAGCAGAGCUCCCUGGUGUCCCAGAGCCCCGGCGACGAGAGGCAGGAGGGCUCCGGUGCCCCCUCAGAGAGGCCGGCGAAGGAGGCCGAGGUGGGCGGCCAGACCGCCCCCGCCGAACACAACCAGGACGAGGUCCCGGAGGAGGACUCGGCCAGUAUCAGCAGUAUGUACCUGCCGGAGGUGCUCCAGUGCUUCCUGGCCACGCGCGAGGCCAUGCAGCUGCAGCAGAACGAGACGGUGUACGAGUCGUCGGGCACCAGCACGCUCCCCAGCAGCACCGAGAGCCCCGGCACGCCCGAGAGGGAGCCGCCGCACCGUCACUGGGACCGGCGGCGCGGCUCCGAGGAGGGCCUGUCCUUCCCCUCCGCCUGCCACCUGGUGGUGUCCCGCUGCGUCUUCCUGCUGCUGGGCGUGCGGGCGGCGUGGCAGGAGCAGGAGGAGCCGGCCGACCUGCAGCGAGACAGCGGCGGGCUCAGGAAGUCUUUCCCGUCAACGUCGGAAUUCAGCCUCACCCCAGAGGCGAGGAGACAAGGGGAGAAGGAAAUUCCCGACCAAUCAAGAAAUCCAUCUGGAUCCUUUAAGAACAAAAUGGCUCUGCCGCUGUGCUCCCUGGGCAUCAUGAAGGACGCGUGGGAGCGCCUGCGGCAGUGCAUCAGCCCCAGCGCCACGCUGUGCCCCGGCGGCAGCUCCCCCGUGCUGGGCCAGGUCUUCCACUUCCUGUGCGGGAGCCUCCUCAGGACGUCCUCCCUGCUGGAGAGGGAGGCGGGCGGCCAGGCCGACCCCAAGGCCAUCACCCUGGCCAUGGCCCAGCAGCAGCAGCGGGCCGAGGUGCGCCUGGAGGCCCUGUGCCAGAUCUCCUCCUUCCUGGCGGAGAUGGAGGAGAAGAGCAGCAGCUCGACCGCCCCGCCCCGCUUCCCGGGCCUCCUGCAGUCGGUGCAGCUGCAGUUCCUGUCCGGCUGCUUCGGCCUGGGCGCGCCCAUGUCCGGCACCGGGGCCGCCAGCAACGAGAAGAUGCACCACUACACCUCAGGGACGCAGUCCGCCAAGAUGGGCGCGCAGAGAGAGCUGCAGGCCGCAGCGCACACUCUCUACCAGCAGGUGGUGCGCGUGCUGCGGCAGAAAGUCCUCGUGGAGAAGGAGCAGACAGGGUCCUAUCAGCAUUUGCUCCUGGCCACGGUGUUCGCCCUCAACUUCCACUACCAGCCCGUCGACCUGGUGGUCAUCAUCAAAGGCGGCAUCCUGGAGAUCCUGUCGGCGCUGACGGACAACACCUGCGUCCUGAUGAACCAGCGCUGGCUGGCCGCCUCCGUGUCCGGCCACAUGCUGCUCAGUGGGGCGGUCAAGCUGGCCAGCGCCCGGCUGCUGCAGAUCCUGGCCAUCGCCGCCAGCGCCUGUGAGGACGCCCUCCCCUUGGACGUACUGCAGGCCCUGAUGGACGUGAUGUGCGAGCAGCUGCAGGGCCUCCUGCACAUAGUCCACCAGCAGGAGGCGCUGGAGAGCAGCGCGGCCGAUAUCGCUGACCACGGCGCGGGUGGGAAGAAAUCCAAGCAAGAGAAGGGGGAGGUGACCCGGAGCAGCCGGAUCGCGGAGUCCCAGCUGGCCGACUUCCUGGUGUUCCUGCGGCGCAUCGUGUCGCUCCGGGGGACCAAGAGGGUGUCCGCGUUCGUCAAGUGGAUCGACCCGCUCAUGACCAUCGUGUCCCACAGAGCCACCUCAGGCUCCCCGCUUUUCUGGAACUUGCGAACCAAACUGCUGGCCUUCCACAUCCUGGAGGCCUUGCUCCCCGCCUGUUCAGACCCGAUGCAAGUCAAACAGAUUGUCGAUCAGCUGUUCGGCCUCCUGUCUGCAUUUAUGUGGGAGGAGCCACUGGGCGUGAACAGGAAUCAAGAGAAACCCGAAACCCCAAAGAAGGGAAUGGGGAGUGAAGAUGAGUGCAUUCCUAUUGGAGACUUCUCCUUCGAUCCCUACAAGCUGAUCUGCUGUUCGCUGGAGAGCGGGAACGUCCUCUCUCACGGCUCCGGGGGGAAGGGCUACGGUUUGGCCACCACGGCGAUAACGUCCGGCUGCUUCAUCUGGAAGUUCUACAUCACCAAAGAGAACAAGGGCAACGAGGGCACUUGCGUGGGGGUGUCGCGCUGGCCGAUCCGGGACUUCAACCACCGCACCACCACCGACAUGUGGCUGUACCGGGCCUACAGCGGCAGCCUGUACCACGGCGGCGAGCUGGGCCGCGCCCUCCCUUCCUUCACCCAGGGCGACACCAUCACCUGCAUCCUGGACAUGGAGGCCCGCACCAUCUCCUUCGCCAAGAACAACAAGGAGCCAAAGCUGGCAUUCGAAGGUGUUGAUGCCACAGAGCUGUACCCCUGCGUUUUGUUCUAUAGCAGCAACCCUGGAGAAAAGGUGGCGCUGUGCGACCUGCAGAUGCGGGGCAUGCCCAGCGACCUCCUGCCCGGGGAGCCCCUGUGCAGCCCCCGCGCCACGGUGCUGCUGGAGGCCACGGUGCAGCUGCUGCGGCGCCUGCACCUCUGCGACGGCUGGACGGCCCACGUCAACCAGCACGUGCAGAGCAGGCUGGAGCUCAUCGCCCCGCUGCUGCGCGAGGGGGGCCUGGCCAAGACAGCAGGCCCGGCCCCCGGGAAGCGGGGCGCGGAGGAGGAGGCGUGCGGGGAGCUGGGCGGCAGCGCGGCGGGCCCCUCGGCCCUGUCGGAGCCGCAGCUGGGCGCGCUGUGCAGCGAGGUGUGGCCGGUGCUGGCGCUGAUCGGGGGCGUGGACAGCGGGCUCCGGGCGGGCGGGCUCUGCCUGCACAAGCCCAGCGGCCGCAGGGCCACCCUGCUGGGGGUGCUGAAGGAGGGCAGCCCCCUGGCCAAGCUGCAGUGGGAGGAGGCCGACCUCACCGUCAGCUUCCUGAAUUCUUGGUCACCCAGCGACACCCCGCUCUCGUCGCUUGAGCCGUCUGACGUGCCCCAGUUGGACGUGGCGCGCCUCAGGGGCCUAAAGCCCUCUGUGUUGCUGGACCUGAUCUUUCUGAGCGGCAUGCUGGAGGAGCAGGAGCUCCACGCGCCGCCGGUGGUGCCACCGCUGACGCCGACGCGGCAGGCCUGCCCCGAGGGCGGCCCGCGGAGCGAGCUGGAGCGCCGGCUGGACGAGGACAUCGCCCGCGUCAUGACGGAGGAGGACGGCGAGGCGGGGCGGGCGGAGGAGAGGGGCGCCCGGCAGGAGCCCCCGGAGGGCAGGGACUCGCCCGGCGCGGGGAAGGAGGCGGCCUGCGAGCAGGAGGGCGCCCCCUGCCCCUCGGCGGCGCACCUGCAGGCCAGGCCCGACCUCUUCUCCCUGGAGCUGCGGGCGGUGCGUGUCUCCUACCUCCUGCUGGGAGCCCUGAAGUCCCUGGCGGUCAUCCUGAGCUGCGGGAGGUUCACCGACAUGCUGCUGGUGCCCAAGUUCGAGCCGGCGGGCUCGGGCAGCCCCGGCUCGGGCAAGAAGGGCGCCGAGCAGGAGGCCGCCGAGCUGAGGUCCGUGCUGCAGUUCGUGGUGCGCAGCAUGGUGAAGUGGGCGGUGCGGUCCUGCCCGAUCAAGCAGGGGGCGUCGCUGGCCGACCUGGAGAGAGCGCAGGUCAUGAUCUUCAAGGGCGCCCUCAACAGGCUGCAGGAAGAUGGUGCAGCCAGAGACCAGAAAGAUUCCGGACACCAUUCUUCCUCCCAGCCUGUGUCCAAGUCUUCCAGCACCGUGUCCCUGUACAGCAACGGCUCGGAGGGGACGGCGGCGUUUGGCCAGCCCCCCAGCGCCUCCGCCUCCUCCUCCAACAACGACCUGGCCGCGUCCCUGCUGACCGCGCUGCAGGCCGACGGUCUGGAGAACUUCAACCCCUUCCUGCCCAUCAACCUAUUGCAGCGGAUGGUGUUAGCACGGUUCCCCACGCUGGCUGGCCUGAUUAAUAACCCCAUGCUGCCCCCCGGCUUCACCGUGGCCGGCUCGGCCUCCUGCGAGGGCCUCGCCGAGCAGCAGCCCGCCUUCCUGGAGGCCUGCGGCAGGGCCCGAAUCCGAGUGGAACGUCCUCAAAUGUUUGUUCCCGUACGGUUGCUAGAAAUGGGCUUCUCUAUGAGACAUAUCUACAAAGCCAUGGAGGCAGCAGGGGUGUCGGGAGAGGUGGACUCCCGCACCAUUGAGGUCCUGGCCAGCUGGAUGCUGGAGCACCCGCUCGUGGAGGAGCAGCAGAUGGAGGAAGGGGGGCCCGCCGCGGGGGGCACGGCGGACAGCCCGUCCCCCGAGGGCCCGGAGACGGUGCAGUGCCCCGAGUCGCCCGCCCCUCUGUCUCGGCAGGAGAGCAGCGAGCCCAACGAGAGCAUGCUGGCUGGCCUGGACCUCGUGGAGCGGGAGAACUUUCUGGACGUGCAUCUGACGAGGAACAGGCCUCCCCCCGCCCGCCGCCAGCGCUCCGGCCUGGGACAGAGGAACUCCUUCAGGAGAGCUGACUCCCCAUCGCCCAAUCCGAUCCCGCCGCUGUACAGACAGGAUCCGGGAGUGUCGGAUUGGCCGGAGCGGGCGGAGACACACCCAUUUGCAGCGGAGGAGGAGUCAGAACUGGGGUACAUGGACGAUCCGUACCAGGAGGAACCUUAUGAAGAGGUGCUGACCCCUGAGUUCAUCACCUCUGAGGGGGACACCCUGUGGAUGGUCGAGGGCGGGGAGGAGCACCCGGAGCCCCACGAGAUGGUGGAGUGCGAGCUGUGCGACACCCUCACCCUGCAGUUCAACAGCCACAUGAAGCGCCACCACCCGGGCUGCGGCCAGAGCGCCGGCCGCCGCGGCUACCGCAGCAACGGCGCCUACGUGGACGGCUGGUUCGGCGGCGAGUGCGGCUCCGGCAGCCCCUACUACCUGCUGUGCGGCUCCUGCAGGGAGAAGUACCUGGCGGCCAAGCUGGGAGACCUGGGACACAAGCACGGCAGGGGGAAAGGCCUGGCCUCUGAUUUGGUCGGAAGAUUGGACAGCGUGUCUGACGAUGAGUGGGAGCAGGGUUACCCAGACGACAGCGACGCGUGCAGGCUGACGGGGCAGGAGGACUUCGGGGUCCUGCUGAGGCCUCUGGGUCUGACGGAGAAGAAGGUGAUCCCGGACCCCAUCCUGUUCACCGAGCACGACCCCCUUGGAGCGCUGCUCACCAACUCCAUCAACAAUGACAAGGCCUCGCUGCUCAAAGGUGGCACUGUUACAGAGCAGAAGGGGUCCCCCGUCCCUCUGAGUCUGGGGGAGCAGGCGGCGGCCUUGCGGGACCCUCAGGACCGGCUGGUGGCCCUGAGGCGAGUGACGGCCACCACACAGAUCCUGCUGGCCUACAGCAUGGUGAUGAAGGCCCUCUCCCAGACCUCUUCCAGCGCCUCUGUGUGCAGCCAGUCGAGUGGCCUGGAGGCCCUGGGUCUGGCCAACAUCCGCAUCCUGGUGCGUUUGAUGUGCUUGGCAGCAGCAGGCAGGGUCCACACCGGCGUGGACCAUCUGGGCUCGGGGCAGGCCACGGGGGCAGAUCGAACAGGCUCCGCCUUCCUCACCUUCCUCAGCUCUGCCAUUGGCUGCCUCGUUUCUAACAGCCCCACCUCUUACCGUGAGCUGGUGGACAUCUGCACUCAGGAUCUGAUGGCAGCCGCCACAGGCAUGAGCACAGGGGCCAUCAGCGAUCCCCAUCAGAAAGGCCUUCAGAGCAACACGGUUAAGGGGACACGGCAGGAGCCCAAAGAGCUCACUCCCCCCACCUUCCUAGUCACCCAGAGCCUGGUCUCCCUGCUGACCGAGAAGGGGAUCAGGUACCGUUACAGCCAGGACAAGGCCGAGCCCGACUCGAAAGACAGCAGCAGUCCAGGGACGGCGGAUCCCCCUCCCCCCCAGGUGGGGACGCGGGUGGGGCCCUUGGAGCUGGGCAACGCGCUGGCCGCCUGCUGCCUGUCGGCCCGGCUCUCCAGCACCCACCGUCAGUGGGCCGCCCAGCAGCUGGUCCAGGCCCUGGCGGCGUCUGAGAGGGACAACCCCGCCCGGCCGCAGACGUACAGCGACAUGACGGGGGACCUGCGCAAGUGCCCGCUGAAGAAGCUGGAGGGACACCAGAACAGAGUGACGAGCUGCUCGUGGAGCAGCGAGCGAGGGCUCCUGGCCACCGGAGCGCAGGACGGGACGGUGCGGCUGUGGGACGUCUCCCAGACCACGGCAGAGCUUCUGAGCACACACACCUGCAGCCUGAGCGAGGACAGGCUCAGCUCGGAGAGCGCGGUGGGGGUGCAGUGGGUGUCAUCCGUGUGCUGGAGUGCGGGGGGAACCUUCCUGGCGGCUUUCCAGAACAAGCUCAUCAACAUCUGGACUGUGAACGGGUCUCAGAGCCACGUGGAGACCCAGCCCUCCUGGGUGACGGCCCUCACCUGGGUGCAGACGUCGACCCCCUGCACCGACCCGGGCUCAGCUGGCCAGGGAAAAACUGCUGAGAGUCUGCUGGUGGGCAGGCUGGAUGGCUCCCUCUGCUGGCUGGAGGUCAGAGAGACGUUUGAAGUGGAGAGCACCGAACUGAGUCACUGCCAGAGGAAAGAAUCUCCGCAGUGCAUCGCCUGGUACAGUCUGGACAAGCCCUUCGCCGUGGGGUAUCCCGAUGGGAAGAUCCUUCUGGCCGCCGCUGAGCGCUACGAGACCGAGCAGCCUGUCAUACUGUCCGCGUUCCCUGAGAGCGUGAGCGGCCUGAAAUGGGACCCCACGGGGCACCUGCUCCUCUCCAUGGGCCGAUCGGAGGCGGUGAAGGUCUGGGGCCGCGUGGGCAGCUCCUGGAUCACCCUCUACUCGCUGUUCCACACCGGGACGGUGAACACGGCGGAGUGGUGCCCCCUGCCCGGGAGGGGCCCGGACCCCCGCCUCAUGCUGGCCGUAGGGUGCCAAAAUGGCGUGCUGUGUGUGUGGACUGUACCACAAGGGGGCACUACUGUGUCACUACCCAACUUCCUAAACAGCUCUUCCAGCCAGGAGAAGAUAAGUGAUGUAAAGCGGGGGAGCGCCAAGUGCAUCUUCAGGCUGAACGGUCACAUCACGGCGGUGAAGACGUUAUCCUUCUGCCCUGACGGGCUGGCCCUGCUCUCCGGAGGAGUGGGAGGCCUCCUCAACAUCUGGUCCCUGCGGGAUGGGUCAGUCCUGCAGACCGUGGUGACUGGCCUGGGCUCAGUGGUCAGUACCACCUGGAUACCAAAUGUGGGGGUUGCUGCCUGCUCAGGAAGGUCAAAGGAUGUGCUGCUGGUCCGCUGCUCCUCAGACUGGAUCUCCCAAAACCACGUCCUGGCUUCCUGCCGCAUGGUCCUCAGAUCCCAGGGCAUUGUGGGAUUGAACAAGGCCCCCUGCAUGGCCGUCUUCCUGGAAAGGCUGCCCCUCCUCCUCCAGGAGCAGUAUAACUACGAGAAGAGUCAUGUUAAUGCAGGUGAUCAGCUGGUCCACAGUGCCUUCCUGCAGAGUCUGUCUUCGCUGACCGUGGGGCUGUCCCUGGAUCAGUUGCUUUGCCGCCCGCCCGUACCGGCCCACCACGGCGGCCCGGACUCUCAGCUCUGCCCGAGCGAGUGGGGCUGGCUCUCCACCUUUUCCACCACUGUCAAGAGCGCCGAAGCCUUCGCCAGGGGAACCGCCUUCCCAGAAUCCUUCACUGUGCCGGAGUUCCAGCAGGCCCGGGCAGAGACCACCAAACCCCUGGAUAACAGUAAGUGGAGCUUCAUGAUGGAUGAGCAGCUCAUGUCUUGGGCCACAACCAGACCUGAGGACUGGCAGCAGGGAGGGAAGAGCGAGGUGUACCUGUGGGGCAGCGGGCGGCACGGGCAGCUGGCGGACGCCGGGACCAACCUGAUGGUGCCCACCCUGGCGCAGUCGCUGUCCCAGACGCAGCAGGUUGUGUGCGGGCAGAACUGCACGUUCCUGGUGCAGGCAAACGGAACGGUGCUGGCCAUCGGGGAAGGCAGCUACGGGAGGCUGGGCCAGGGCAACUCGGACGACCUGUACACCCCCACCAUCAUCUCCGCUCUGCAAGGGUACGUGGUGACCCAGCUGGUGACGUCCUGCGGCUCGGACGGCCACUCGCUGGCGCUGACGGAGACGGGCGAGGUGUUCAGCUGGGGCGACGGCGACUACGGCAAGCUGGGCCACGGCAACAGCGAGCGGCAGAGGAGGCCCAAGCAGAUCGAGGCCCUGCAGGGCGAGGAGGUGGUGCAGCUCGCCUGUGGCUUCAAACACUCAGCUGUGGUCACAGCUGAUGGGAAGCUCUUUACCUUUGGAAGCGGAGAUUACGGCCGUCUGGGUCUGAGGUCCACAUCCAACAAAAUGGUGCCAGAGAGGGUGAUGGCGUUGGAGGGCUACAGCGUCGGGCAGGUGUCCUGCGGUGUCAACCACACUCUGGUGCUGUCCUCAGAUGGAAUGACCGUGUGGGCUUUUGGAGAUGGGGAUUAUGGGAAACUGGGCACAGGUCCCUGCACUGUGAAAUGCUCUCCUCAGAAAGUGGAGCACAUUUGCAAUAAGGGAAUGAAGAAGGUGGCUUGUGGGACACAGUUCUCGGUCGCCCUGGCAAAGGACGGACACGUGUACACGUUUGGGCAAGAGCGGCUUAUCGGCCUCCCGGACUCCAUGCUGAAGAACCACAACCGUCCCCAGGUGGUGCCGGCCCUGGAGGGAGUGUUUGUGGAGGACAUCGCCGUGGGAUCGGAGCACAUCCUGGCCCUGUCCUCCACGGGGGACGUCUACGCCUGGGGAUGCAACUGCGAGGGACAGCUGGGCCUGGGCCACUCGAGCCCCGUGAAGGAGCCCACGCUGGUCACCGCUCUGCAGGGGAAGAACAUCAUGCAGAUCUCAGGCGGACGGUGCCACAGCGCAGCCUGGACCACCCCUCCUCCAGCCGCCCGCGCCCCUGGUGCUUCUCCGGGCCUCCAGCUGGGCCUCCCUCAGGCCGUCCCGCCCCAGUACAACGCCCUGAAAGACUGCAGCCCCGAGGUCCUCAGCACCCGCCUCAGGGUCCUCUACCACUUCUCUGACCUCAUGUACAAGUCCUGGAGGCUGCUCAACCUCAACCCCAACAACCAGGUUUCAGCUUCGAGAUACUGCUCAGGGACCUCCGCCAUCGUCCAGGGGCAGCUGAGGGGCCUCCUGUCCCCCAAGGUGAACACUCUCCCCCUGGUCAGGUCCAUCGGGAGAACCAUGACGCAGGGCAAGACGUACGGACCUCAGAUCACCGUCAAGAGAAUAUCCACACGGGGGCGCUCCAGCAAGCCCAUCUUCGUGCAGAUCGCCAGGCAGGUGGUGAGCCUGAACCCUACGGAGCUCCGGCUGCCAUCCCGCGCGUGGAAAGUGAAGCUCGUGGGGGAGGGGGCGGACGACGCGGGAGGGGUGUUCGACGACACCAUCACAGAAAUGUGCCAAGAGUUGGAGUCUGGUGUGGUGGAUCUCCUCAUUCACACCCCUAACAGCACUGCCGACGUGGGCAGUAACACAGACAGGUUCCUGCUGAACCCGGCGGCUGUCUCCGAGGAGCACAUGGUCCAGUUCCGCUUCCUGGGCAUCCUGAUGGCGGUGGCGAUCCGCACCAAGAAGCCGCUGGACCUGCACCUGGCGCCGUGGGUGUGGAAACAGCUGUGCUCCAUCCCUCUGAGCGGGCCGGACCUGGAGGAGGUGGACCUGCUCACGUACCGCUCCCUGCAGAGCAUCCUCCACCUGGACAACAGCGGCAUCACCGAGGAGAACUUCCCUGUGAUGAUCCCUCUGGACUCGUUCACAGCCCACAGCGCCGACGGGAGGCUGGUGCCGGUGGUCCCGGGAGGAUACAACAUCCCUUUGACCUUUGCCAACAGGAACGAGUACGUGGAGCGGGCCUUGCACUACAGGCUGCACGAGAUGGACCGGCAGGUGGUGGCGGUGCGAGAGGGCAUGUCCUCCAUCAUCCCCGUGCCACUGCUCUCGCUCCUCACCGCCAAGCAGCUGGAGCAGCUGGUGUGCGGCCUGCCCGAGGUCUCCGUGGAGAUGCUGAAGAAGGUGGUGCGCUACCGCGACAUCACCGACAGCCACCAGCUGAUUGGCUGGCUGUGGCAGAGCCUGGAGGAGUUCACCAAUGAGGAGCGGGUGCUGUUCCUGCGCUUCGUCUCGGGCAGGUCCAGGCUGCCGUCCAACCCCGCCGACAUCACCCAGAAGUUCCAGAUCAUCAAAGUAGACAGGCCAAUCAACGGUCUCCCCACGGCCCAGACCUGCUUCUUCCAGCUGCGCCUGCCGCCCUACACCAGCCAGGCAGUGCUAGCCGAGCGCCUACGGUACUCCAUCCACAACUGUCCCUCCAUCGACAUGGACAACUACAUGCUGUCACGCAACAGCGACCCUGCGGACGGAUCCGACACCGAGUACUGAACGGGACAGGGCAGCUCAAGAUGGCUAACAUUACUUGAAAGCACAACCGGUCAUCAUAGUGUUUUUUCCUUCUACUGUCUCCUUUAUGGUGCAAUAUAACCCUUGGAUAUGCGGUAUCCAAGCACUGCAGGUGACAGAGUGCAGACCCCUUACCCAGAAUGCACUUCUGUGGACAUUCUCUCAAGAGUCGAAGAGUUCACCUGGAGAAUUAAGAAGCAAUUCAUGGUUUGCUGUGUUUCUGCAUGGCAUAGACUAUUUCCUAUUAGACUGUUUAAUAAAAAAUAGACUUUUUUUAAGACAUCACACACAGUUGGAUUCUACUGUGAUGCAUAAUGACAAAAUAUCUGCCUUAAGUGGCAAGGCUGUGCAACUUUUAAUCAAAUCAAUUCAACACCUACUGUAUGCCUGUGAACUUUGGGAACAGCAAGUAAUAAAUCAUUUGUGCCCUUGACCGUGACUGACAUGAAUGGCAUUACAAGAGUGCAGAAAAAGAACAUGGUGAUAUAGUCUAGUGGGUGACGUAACACUAACUAGUAUUAGGCAGCUUUGACCUUUUUCAGGUUUACACCUAACCACUCACGUUUUGCGUGUGCAUCACCUUUGGUCAUUGGUGCACACUGAAAGGUGUGAAAUGACAUAAGAUCAGGAUGUCUGCUGCCUCAAUGCUGUGAUGUCAAUGAAUAGUGUUCUUGAGAGGAAAAUAGCAUAGUAUUCAAAUACCUGUUAUUGUAUUCCCUAUUAAGCUUGUCAGUAGGUAGUGUUAUCGGUAAGAGCGUAUCUCCACAAGUGUAUUUGGAUGAAUGUAUACCCACAAAUGCCAUGCACAUAUGCACUCAUACACUAUUUGCCAAAAAUGGUACUACUGCGUCUUAAAACGGUUUUUAGUAAGUUGCUGCAGUUGUGAAUAGAGUAGUGAAUUUAACAUACCGUUUUCUUCCCUAUAUCAAGGCUUUUAAAAUGUGAGGAAAGGACAGUCACCACUGUUAGGUUUGGAAUUCCAUGCUUUAGAACAUGUUUCACUUUAACAUUGUCCCAAAAAAAGGUUUCUGAACAUGGAGUCCUGGCAGAGGAGCUGUCCAGCCUCAGUGGAGACGCAUCGCAGAUGGUCUGCAGUGAACCUUCAGUUAUAUGAAUUAUAAAACCUUAAGUGAUGCCCAUGAGCGGUUAGUUUUUUUUUUCUUUUCUUGGCUGAAAACUUGAAACCACUAAGGGAGUAAAAGGUGCUGGAGUGAGCAGCACCAGACUGCACUGAGGGAAACGUCCUGUUGUGGUACUCAAGACGGCAUGGUUGUUGUAAUGUUUGCACUUUAGACUUGUAUGCAUUGUUGAAUGAUCAGUGAUGGUCCGUUACAUGCUUUGGGGCUAAAACUAAUAUGCAUAUUGGCAAUG